UCAUUCCGUCCCGUCCAGGGACGCACUGAUUGCUUGUGGAUCUGUGUUGUCUCUUCCCUCUGGUCAAACGUAGUCAAUCAUUACUCACACAGCACACACGUCCCUGUGGAAAUCUGUUUGGGCAGUCUCCUCUGGUUUACUCUGCCCCAUAGCUUUGACUAAACUCUUGGUUCACAGAUCCAGAGGUUGCCUGACCAAGUGUGCAGGUGUUAAGUUUUGGCCCUCCUCUCCACGUCGGGACUAUCUGAUUGGCCUAUGACUCGAGUUCUCUCUCUGUCCCGCGUGCCCAGUCUGUGGCGGCCCCUGAGGGCAGGGUUUCUGAGCGUUCGAGCCAUGUCAUUGGAGGAGAGAGCACGAGUAAUCUUCGCCGCGGCUGUAGAGGGAGUUCAGCCCGACAGCGUGGUCCGGAGGAGUCUGGAGAGACGUGGAGAUGAGCUGCUGGUCUCUGGGCGUAGCUUCAGUCUCCAGAGAAACCUCCACUUGGUCGGCUUCGGCAAAGCCGUGCUUGGCAUGGCGGCCGAAGCAGAGAAGAUUGUGGGAGAUCACCUGGUGCGAGGGGUUGUCAGUGUUCCCCAUGGUAUCCAGGAGACACUGAGGACCCAUGGGAAGAGUCAGAUGCUGCUUGGGGAAGGCAGCAGGAUUGCAGUGAUGGAGGGGGCCAAGCACAAUCUCCCAGAUUCAGACGCCCAGAGAUCAGCCGAGUGCAUUCGGGAGCUGGCCAGUGCCCUGACUGAGAAAGACCUACUGCUGGUGCUCAUCUCAGGAGGUGGCUCCGCCCUCUUGCCGGCUCCAGCUCCGCCCAUUUCUUUGCAGGAGAAGCAGGACGUGACCAGAAGACUGGCUGCUGCAGGGGCGACCAUUCAGGAGCUGAACACGGUCAGGCGUUCCCUGUCUCUGCUGAAGGGUGGAGGCCUGGCCAGAUGUGCCUACCCUGCCCAGGUGGUCGCCCUCAUUCUCUCUGAUGUGAUUGGAGAUCCUCUUGACCUGAUAGCCAGUGGUCCAACAGUUCAGAGUGAAACACAUCAAGAGGAAGUCUGGGCCAUUCUGGACCGCUACGGGCUCUCCGCUUCCCUCCCAGCCGCUGUCAAAGAGGUGCUUCAGAAAACCACACCCUGCUCUGCCUCCCCACAACCACAAGAGGGCGCCAACCACGUUCUCAAUACCAUCAUCGGCUCCAACGGCAUCGCUCUUGAAUGUGCCAGACGCAAGUCACGCGAGCUGGGGUUCCGGCCCCUGGUGAUGUCACCGGGGGUGUGCGGUGAUGUCCGUGCUGUGGCCCGUCUGUACGGCCUGCUGUCCCGCUUUGCCUGCGCUCCUGGAAAGGCGCCCCCUCCUGGCCUGGCAGACCAAAUCCUGCAGGUGGGUCAGGACGCUGGCGUGCAGAGCUGGGACUUGUGCAGAACCAUGAGGGUUCUAGAGGAGGCUAGAGAGGAGGGUUGGGGCGCCACCUGUGUUCUAGCAGGGGGAGAACCCACCGUUCAGCUCACCGGUAAGGGUCGUGGUGGUCGGAACCAGGAGCUGGCAGUCCGCGUGGGAUUGGAGCUCAAGGAGGCGGGGCUUAAAGGAGCAGUGUUCCUUAGCGGCGGGACAGAUGGCCAGGACGGUCCCACGGAGGCAGCGGGCGCAGUCACCAACAGCGACUUGGCAGAGGAGGCGGACCAACAGGGGCUCGAUGUCGCUGGUUUCCUUGGCGACAAUGACUCGUACACAUUCCUUUCGCGUCUGUCCAGCGGGAGGAGGCUGCUUCUGCCUGGACUCACUGGUACCAACGUGAUGGAUGUGCAUGUGCUGCUGCUUCCGUCCCCAGCCCAAUAGAACCCGACUGGACAAACAUGCCCGCAGUAUGACAGACUGACUGGUUAUGAGGCUAACAAUCACUUUUAACCAGUAUGUUCAGUAGGCGAUUUGUUAUUUUUUAACAGGGGGGAUAGCCCAUUGGUCACUAACACUACUCUAUAGAGUAUAUAGGGGGAUGGCAGGUUAACAAGCGGGAUCCAUUUUGGUCAUUUUGUAAAUGGGGGGCGGGGGGGGGGGGCAUCCCCCCCCUCAUCCUCCUACAGAUCGCCUACUGAGCACGUUCAUACUGAUGUCAACAUUAGUGUUCACCCUGAACUGAGAAAACUCAUCUCAAGGGGUUAUGAACUUUCCAGUGUUUUCAGAAUGUGAUGAUACCAUGGCAACAUGUGCUGUGCUCUUCAGUCUGCAAGGAUGGACAUAAUUUGCAAAGGAGCCAAUCAGUAACACCAAAGUGGGUACAUGUGAUGUAAUGGGUAAAUGUUUAACAUUUCUUAAAAAUAUAAUAAUAAUAAUAAUUACAAUAAUAAUAAUUAAAAAUUUUCCCAUUGUAAAAAUUUUUUUUAGAAACUUCUGACACAGCUCAGUGUUCCUUUCGAAGUUUCAUUUUUCAUCUACUAAAGACAACACUUAU